AUGCACACGUUGCUAAUUCUUUUGCUCUCAUUAAGGACAGCAAGUGCAGUUUCACUGCGUGGUAUAUCACCAGAAAAUCUUCACCUUUAUGAACCUGACCCCAAUGGUAAUUGGCGUUGUUUGAACAACCCAGAGAUAGUCAUACCAUAUGACCGUAUAAAUGAUGAUUACUGCGACUGUCCUGAUGGUUCUGAUGAGCCUGGGACAAAUGCCUGCUUCAGUUCUCAGUUUUUUUGUUUGAACGAGGGCUUCAAGAGUAACUACAUACCAAGUUGGAAAGUCGAUGAUGGCGUUUGUGAUUAUGAUGUUUGUUGUGACGGUAGCGACGAACCAGAAGGAGUUUGUGAAAAUAAAUGUGAACAGCUGAGGAAAGAAUGGCUAGAGAAUGUCCAAAUACACAACCGGAACAUCCAGAGGGGAUUAAUACUCAAGAAUAAGUUGAUAGACCACGCAAAAGUAAUAAAGGAAGACCUAAACCGAGAGUAUCAUGAAAUUGAAAGUGAUAUUGACGAACUACAAUCAUUCUUAGAGGAAUUGGAAACGGAAAAGAAAUCCAUGGACAAAAAUGCGGUCUUCAUUAUGGAUAAGUUCAAGAAUGUGGAGGGGAAACUUGAUGAGACCGAAAUCAAACUAGCUAAUUCUUUGUCACAAAUGAAGGAAUAUAUUGAAAAAUUAGAAUCUUUAGAAAAAGUUUUGCAGAAAAUGAACAACGAGUAUAACCAUAAUUUCAAUGAUCCGGCAGUAAAAAGUGCUGCACAGGAAUAUCUUAACUUUGCCGCUUCCGUUGACAAUACGAGAAUUAACUUUAACGACAUAAUCAUUAAGAUAAAGGGUGAAUUUGAUUCAACAAAGUUAGAAAUAUCGAACUUGAGGGAUAGCAUACUAGAACUAAAAUCAGAAAAAAAGCAAUCAGAAUUAGAACCAACAGUAAUAGACCAUAUAAUGGAUGUAUUAGGUACUGUUUGCAAGGAAAUUGUUGAGGGCUUCCUCGGAAUUAAUACAGAAACAAACUUAGAAACGGUGGAAAAAGGUUCUUCGAAUUUGCAGAAGAAAAGCGAUUCAUCAAUUGACGACCAAAUUUCUGAAGUGCAAUCAACGUUGAAGUCGAAAAGGUCUAAAUUAAAUCAACUAAAUGAUGAAUUAUCUAAAAACUACGGCCCCGAUGAUAUACUUCGUGCAAUGGCUGAAUGUGUUACAUCACACAUCGGCGAUUAUGAUUAUAAGCUUUGCCUGACUUCGACCGUAGAGCAAAUUAAUUCCGAUGGUAGAAGUACUAGAAUCGGUAGGUUUGAGAAUAUACAAUAUUCACAGGAAAAGAAAAAUUAUGAGUUGUUGUUUACAGGAGGGGAAAAAUGCUGGAAUGGUCCUUAUAGAGAAGCGGUUGUUGAUAUUGUUUGCGGUGACAAAUUGGGAAUCAAAUUGGUUACUGAACCUGAAAAGUGCGUUUAUCAAUUCAAAGUCGUUUCCCCCUUAGGUUGCUUCGAAGAGGACAUAUUAACUAUAGAAUAA